UCAAGCACGCGGAGCUUUGGAUUCAGUCAGUUGACUGGUAUUCGCCAUACCGAGCAGGUCUCACCUUGAGAUAUCGAGGAUUGCCGAACUUGGAGACGGAUUGUCAAGCUCCCCCGCCUGAUCUCACUGUUACAUCGCCGUGUCUUUAACGCCUCCGGUCUUCCUUCCGAAAGAAUGCUUAUCAGCUCAGUUCUCUUCCUGGCAGUCUGGACAAGUUCGUCGUACGCAGAGGAAUCGUCCUCUAGCGAUGCCGCGUCCGCCAAACGAGCGCCCAUGGGGUUUCAGGGUAUGCGCGGGAAGAAGGACCUCAUCCCCACUGUCGCAGAACACAAUGAACUUUCCAAAAGAACAUUAGCGGAUUUUCAGGGUAAGGAUUCGAGCGCGCCCGACAUUGAGGCCGACAAUCUCCUGCACGACGAGUUCGACAAGCGAGCGCCGAUGGGAUUUCAGGGUAUGAGGGGGAAGAAGGAUUAUUUGAUACCUGAUUUCGAAGAUUCCUACUUCCGUGAGGACUACGAGAAAAGAGCGCCAAUGGGUUUUCAGGGUAUGAGAGGCAAGAAGACCUUGUUGGAGGACGAUUAUUACAAACGCGCACCUAUGGGAUUUCAAGGAAUGAGAGGAAAAAAGUCUUUGGAGGAGGUGCUGAGCGAAAUUGAAAAGAGGGCCGCAAUGGGCUUUUACGGUACUAGGGGAAAGAAAGCAUAUGUUUUCGAGUAUCCACAAGAUUAUGAAAAGAGACUUCUCGCAAUGGGGUACCAAGGUAUGCACGAUAAGAUGAAAGAAUUUCCGGCAGAGUGGGAGAAGAGAGCUCCCAUGGGAUUUCAGGGGAUGAGGGGCAAGAAGGCAUUGCUCGACGAGAUAGAGGAACUUGAAAAACGAGCCCUUAUGGGUUUCCAGGGCAUGAGAGGUAAGAAAGAUGACUUUGAAAAUUAUGUAGAUUAUUACAUAGAUCCCGAUUUGGAUUUCGACAAGAGGGCACCAAUGGGUUUUCAAGGGAUGAGAGGCAAGAAAGACACCGAUAAGAGGGCACCGAUGGGUUUUCACGGUAUGAGAGGCAAGAGGAGCGUGGGACAAAGAUUUGAGCCCGAUAUGGAUUUUGGAACCCGUUCGUUAAGUGAAUAUCAAGGACUGAUCGAUAGAAGACGCGCUCUAGAGUGCCAAGUUGAAAAGCGAUCGCCCUACCGGUAUUUCGAUAUGCGCGGUAAGAAAAAUCCAUGGGAAUUACGGGGGCUGUUUGUGGGGGUGAGAGGCAAAAAGUGGGCGAGAGCCCCGUACGAGGACAGCAGCCCGUUCAUAAAGGUGUUUGAUAACACCGACCGGAUCGGCGUGGACGGGGAUUCGCCGGCAAUAUUAGAUUCACAAUAAUACAGCAGCUCUUAGAAACGCAUCUGUUACGAAACGUCUCCUCCAAAUAAUUAAACCGAUGUAGCUAAAUCUAAAAACAA